AUGGCUAAUUCCGUAUCUCCUUAUCCAACAGAUGGGCUUUCUGGCAACUGUUACGACGGACUAAGUGCUGUCAAUGGUCUGAUUGUUGAUGGAGCCUACCUGGAUGGGUCGUGGGAACUGUGCGUUCACGUCGAGGACGUAAACAGCGAUGUCAGCAUGCGAGUGCGGGGUGAUAUGAGCCUCGGCGGCCUGAUGCAUCUGAUCGUUGAGUCAAUUGAUGUCAAACAGUCCUGGUCCGACCACGCCAUCUGGUGGCCUCAGAGAAACAUGUGGCUCCUUCACACACGGACUUCACUUGAUCAGUACGGUGUACAAUCUGAUGCUCGAUUGGUUUUCCGUCGGACGCAUGGGAACUUGCAGGUCGUCCUGCCAUCCAUGGCGACGCUAGUCUUGCGUGUUAACUUCGCCAGUCGCGUUUUCUCCGUAGUAGAGUCCAUCUGCAAAGAGUUGUGCAUCCGUCACCACGAGGAAUUGUCCCUUAUGUUCCCGAUUAAGCGUGAAACCCUCAAGAGCAACUCACCUUUACCCGUCAUUCGGCAUGGCGUUAGGAAGACUGGUCCGCUUACCGCUAUUGGCAGCGCGCGCUCAGACAUGCCGUCGGUCCACAAUGGCCUCGGUGGGGCAGUAUCCACCAUUCGCUUAACCGGUGAACCUGCCUCACCAAAUCCCUAUGCGACCCUGCCAUAUGGUUCUGCUACGCUUAUGCGUCGCCAGUCAGACAAUUCCUUGGACGAAGAACGGUUGGAUAUUGCAAGCUUUGCAGACUGUGGCCAGCGGCGGCCAGCUAAAACAGUGUUUGCAGAGGAGUGGCUUUUGAAGCCGAAAAAUGUCCAACAGAAGGCCCGGAUGGAUGGCAGUUGGUUGGACUCCUCUCGCUCCCUCAUGGAGCAUGGCGUCGAACCUCCACCCCUCGUCGGGGGCUGUGCUGAAAGCUCCAAGCCGCCCACACUGUAUCUUCGUUUUAAGUACUACAGCUUCUACGAUUUGAAUGUGAACUAUGACGCCGUGCGUAUACACCAACUCUAUGAACAGGCUCGUUGGUCCCUUCUGUCUGGAGGCAUCGAGUGCACGGAGGACGAGAUGGUCGUUUUUGCAUCUUACCAGUUGCAAGCGGAGCUGCAGUCUCAGGCAGCCGCCAACUUUAGUUUCCCAAAUUUUCCCAGUGGCACUGGUACUCUCGCCCAUUAUGCCACUGUUGGUGGCGGUGGGUCUGCUAACUUUAACACUUUGGGAUCUACGUAUGAAACUGGUGGUUUCAGUCCAAUGACCCCGGACUACACUCUGAACAGUCGCCUCGCAUCUCCGCGUUCAGCUGGUGGUUCUCUAAUGCGUCUGCCAAGUCUGGGUGUGGUGUCACCCAUUCGCCCCCUUAGUCCUCUCCUGGACUCCCCUCAGCGUUCACCUUUUCCGGAGGAAGGAGAAACGGAAGACAUGGAUGAGAUUGACUAUCUGUUAACGAAUCUGGAGCAGUCCUGUAAUGUGACUCGUGACGUGUCAAAUCGUAAGGGGACAAACAGACCUAAUGCUCCUGAAGACAGUGUGGACUCAACUAUACCCGUCUUACAGGACUUCAUCAAGGUUUUCCGAGACCGAGUUCUUAUGAUGCGUCGCUACAAAGAGAUGUGGGCGGUUGUCAGGAAUGGCAAUCUUUACCUCUACCAGGACUCUCGCAAUACGAGCACGCCAAACGCCGUCUACGCCCUUCGUGACUGUCUGGUUAACCCAGACGUGAACUCAGCCAAUAUGCGCUUCGAUGUACGGCUUUUGCUAGUUGCUGAUCCAGAUUCGGCCUCGGCUGCUCUUGGCACCGCUACCACUGGGCGCAAAGGAAGAGCCAGGGAGGAGAUGUACCUGCGCUUCCAUUCGGCAGAACAGUAUGCCAAGUGGGUUGCCGCCUUUCGACUGGCGGCACGCGGGAAAACUCUAUCUAGCAGAACAACCUACGACCGCGAGGUAGAGCUAAAUCUGGAUCUAAUCAGGAAGCAGGCCUCUCGGCCCGUGCCUUCUCUCAGCCCAACUGAUCUGGCAACCCACUUGGAUGAUCUGACGGACUACUGUGCUGAACGCAUCAUCAGGAAGGCCAAGUCCAAGGAAGCCCUUCGACAGCGUAUCAGUGAGACUCAUGCCGAGUUGCGAGACCUCUCUCUUCUAGAUGCCAAGCUCAGAUAUAUUCAAGACUGGCAACGGCUGAAUCACUUCGGUCGUUCCUACUUCAUCGUGCAGUUCGAUAAGGGCAACAGUUUCGGUCUAGGCGUUGGGAAUUCAGGUCUCUUUGCUAACCCAUCACCGCCAGAGGACAUUAUCGCUGUCCGUCAGGGUCGCAUCGAGGUUGUCUCGUCAACUUCCGAGGAAGCCAUAAUGGCUUGGAAUUUCACCAAUCUGCGCUGUUGGAAUGUGAACUGGGACAAUGGACGAGUGGUUUUGGAGUUCAGGAACGGCAAGGUCUCCUUCAGGCCCCUCAGUGCCAACUGCAAGACCGUUAUGGAGUGUAUCGGAGGUUAUGUGUUCCUGAGUCAACGUACACCGGAGAAGAACCAAACCAUCGAUGAACGCGUCUUUCACAAACUCACGGGUGGCAAUGAUUAG